GUGGAGCCUCUGCUGUUGAGUGUAGACUUGGGCUGCGUAUUGUCUCAGUCUACCUAUUAGCCUAUGAUGGUUGUUAAUUUCACUGCUUUGGGCAUGACAGAACUGAAGGGGGAAGAGGGAAAGACAAGAUGGAGGAAGCAAUGGUAGCAAGAUAUUGGUGCCACGUGUGCUCCCGAACGGUGAAUCCCAUUCCGGAAGCAGAGAUCAAGUGGCCGUACUGCGAAAGCGGUUUUAUUGAAGAGAUGAGCUCCACCACGAGGGAUACACGGGACUCUGAUGGCGACUUUGGUUCAGACCGUGCGCUCUCUCUUUGGGCACCGAUUUUGCUUGGCAUGAUGGGCGAUAACCAUCGAAGACGUAGGUUCAGACGCUUGGGAUUUGAAGAUGAAGAUGAUGAUACCGAGGAGGGCGAGUCGCAUCAUGGAGUCGAUGCUGAGUUCGAUCGGGAAAUUGAAUCCAUAAUUCGUAGGAGGAGGAGAAGCUCAGCCACUAUCUUGCGAUUGUUGCGAGACGCUAGAGCUGGAAUUGCAUCUGAAUCAGAAAAUGGAGAUACUGCUGAUGGGUCCAGGAACGGAAAUGACACAGGUGAGAGGGAGAGUGAGAGUGCUCGGGGUAGUGUUGAAGAAGGAGAAGGGAACCGCAGAAAUGAAAAUGGCAGGAGGUUUUCAUUCCCAUGGCCUUUCAGUGGUUUGUUCUCUUCCAACUCUGGAUCGCAUUCUGGGGGAGGAAAUUCUACAUCCUCGCCGUCGGGUUCAUCAUCGAACGAACGUGAAGGUGCUUCAUUUUAA